AUGCCGUUUUACUCUAUGGGCGAGGUUCGCAUCGAUCUGUCUACUCGCGACGAGCAUUACUUGAAUGUGAAUGAGUCGCAGCCUGGCUCAUUUGUUCACGCCAAAUAUACCGACACAUCUUUGCCUUUGAUGUCGUCCCGCACAUCCUUCUCCUCUGGCACCGAUUUCGAUCGGAGAGACUCUGUCUCUUCGCACCAAUAUGCUUUCGAUCACGAUCAACAUCGCUGGUCCCAAACAUCUGCAUCGUCCGAGACAUUGGUAGGCUCUUUUAUCGAGAAUCCCUUUCCCAGUCUUAAGAACAGGCUGCUUUCGUCUCUAGCCGGCAGCAGGUACAGCAAGCUUGUAAGUGAAGAUCUUCACCCCGCAUCGCGCCGACCCACUCGCAGGAAGAAGUUGGCUUGCUUGGUGUUCCUUCUGGCUGCACUAAUCCUAGGCAUCGGAAGUUUACGUCUGCGAAACAAUCGCAAAUCCAAGUGGCUCGCAUCACUUUGCAGACCAGGCGAUUCUUUUUGUCUAUCAUUGCACGAUGAAGACUCGUUACAGGAUGCCUCAAUUCAUCUUCCCACACUUCCUCGACCCGAGCAUCCCUUACGGGCGGAAGAGGUACUGCCUUUCGCACUACACCACUAUGACAUAAUUGCCAUUGCCCCUUCGGUAUCGUCACCCUCCGCUGCCAACAGACGACAGCUUGAUACAAUCCCGUCGCAACGUCUCUUAUUCGACAAGCAAGAGUGCUUGGAAGCAUGGCUUGCGCACGGAAUUGUCUGUGAGGCGCUGAAUGGCAUCUAUCGAGAACGGUCCGACCUCACCCACCUUGAUCUGAUGUACAGCUGGGUGAACGGCUCAGACUGGCGCCACUCGGCUGCGAAAUGGAUGCAUGGAUAUCGACCAACUGGCCGUUGGCAAGAGUACGUCGAAGAAGAUCUCUUCCCUUCAGCCUCGUCUUCGCAGCACCAGCCACAAUCAUCAAGACGUAGCAUGCUCGCUGAAGCGGAUCGCGACAGCGAAUCUACGCUGAUGCGUCGAUCAGGAGCAGCUCUCCAGAGUCGUUUUCGUGAUCACCAAGAGCUGCGCUAUUCAAUACGCACAGCUGUUAAGUAUUUGCACGGCUUGUCCACCAUCCACAUCAUUGCGCCCGACUUUUCAGCGCCAUAUCACCUUCAACUUGAUGCACGCCAGUCUAUUGCGCCAAGCGGAAAGCGCGGCAUUCUGUCAAGAUUAGCCUCGUCAUUGCGACGCCGUUCAUCCGACGCGCCGUUUAUGCUCGAUGUGAACCGGCUCAAGGAGGCAUUUCUUGGACUCCCUUCUCAGCUACGGCGUAAGCAAGGACUUGGCACCGAUCGCUUCACCACCGACGAGGGUCAGAUUCGUGAAGGUCAGGUUCCUCAGUGGCUUUCUCUUGCAAAUAACUCGAUCGUGCUUGCAGGACAAGCAGCUGCCACUGAUGCGGACAAGUCACUUACCGACUCUAUCUCCGAGUCUUUGUCGAAACUCUUCUCGUCAACUUCCUCGGUCAGCUCGUCUCAAGUGCCAGUCAAAGUACGCCUGCACCAUGAUUGGAAUACGUUCAAGGAUAAUUGGCUCGUCACAGAGCCACUCACGACUGAAGAACGAAAGCAUCGGGAUGAUUAUCGGCGAGCGGCUUUGCCGACGUUCAAUUCAAUGGCUAUCGAGGCGAUGCUUGGCGAUGAGCCAGGACUGCGUGAUACGUUCAUUUAUUCCAACGACGACUUUUUCCUCGUAGACGACGCAAGCUCGGGCGAUAUUUCGUCUCCGUUGUUCGGGCCUGUACUGCGUCUAGACUACAAUCUGCUGGUUAAGGGCGAGCAGUUCCCCGACGCAACAGCCGGAGAAUGGUCGUCCCUUUGGCACACCAAUUGGCUCCUAGAUCAGCGCUUCGGCCCACGCAAACGUCCUUACAUUCAACACGUCCACAAGAGCUUCUCCAAGUCGCUUUUGUUGGAGACGCGCAUGGGCUGGGCCCAUGAGCAUGCCCGAGUUGCACUACAACGCUUCCGCAAAGGCGGAAAUAAUCUCGUCACUCACUUUCUUGCAUACUACAACAUAGUUGAGCGCCACAGAGAAGCGUUGCUGUGGAGCUUUUUCAUGCUGAAGCUGGACGAGGAUGGUGAUGGCGUUGUUUCCUCGCAAGAGCUCAGCGAAGCCUUGUCGCAGAUGGGGUUGACGCCAUCACAGGCCACCACGACGUCCCAUGGGCCAUCCGAGCGCAAUCUCACCGUAAUUGUCAGACUUGCCAAGAGGACAACGCUGAAAGAAGACUCUGCCAAUGCUGUCUUGAUUCAGACGGGCUGGCCUGUACCGCUCAAUAGCCGCUAUGCUUUCGUCUCGCAAGACGGAUACCCGCUGGGCGACGUCUCGAGUCAGGUCAUCUCCCGUCGAAGUGAGGCGCUGGAAAAGCGCCGAGUGAGCUCUCCUUCGAGCGACAUCACUCCAGGGCGUGGUGAGACGACCUACUUCGGAUGGCCCGAUUUCGUCAAUGACCCAUCGCUUCAUCCGAACAACGAGUGGUACAAUCGCCGAUUCGAGCGAACCGCCUGCGAGCUUGAUCUUGAUCGAUGCCUCAUUCGACCUUUCAGCCAGUUGCGCAACAGCAGCGUCAGUUGGGAGGACGUUUUCAAGCAGUUUGCUUAUGCGGAUGGCGCUUGCGGUGAUUGUUUGAUCCAUCAUCUCAUGGGUCAAAGCGGGGAGCGAGGGUUAAGCGCGUUCCUGCCCGCUGCUGAUCGAACUUUCAGCGGUAAAACAGACCCCGACGCUCGCUUCUCCAAUGAGGUACCGCACUUACCUCUCACGUCAGUCUGGAAUUCAAGCAUGCUUCAGAUGGACUCCACCUUUGAACCAGAAAGGCCGUGCUUCAGCGUCUCUUGCGUCCUCGCUAAUUCUGGCUUCGGUCACGGUACAUCCCUACGGACCUUCGCCAGCAAGCUCAUCCAACGCUAUGCCUACACGAUCGCUGAAUCGCCUAUCCGGUUUAAACAGCUUGAGACACAGUACAACUCGCGCGUCAUCAUGCUGGAGCUGGAAGAGUCGAUGAAGCAGCCGACGGCACUUGAGCGUUUCAAGCAACAACAACACAAGGACGGAAUCAAGGCAGAUGCCUGGCUCGAAAGUCAGCGCAAAAUCGACAAUCACAGACCGGUCUUUGUCUGCAUCAACGACGACAUUACAGAUCGUUGGGUACAAAGCGUAGGUGACGAAUUCACCAACUGGUUGGCUAAAGCAUGGCCGAACAAGCAGCCGUGGGAAUUGUGA